UACGUGUACCUUUGUUUAGCAGAUACAAUAUUAUGAAGCUUGUAAUAUAUUCUAAUUUGUUGUUCACCUAUUUGUUGAACCAUGAAGCCUUAAAUCAUUAUCAUGGCUCAUGGUGGUCUUCCCGAGCUUCUUCAGCAGCGGUACGACGAGAACCAUAGGGGAAGGAUGAUAUUCACAGGACAACAGUUGGGUCCGUUACGAGCCCGGAGUGUGCACAAGAUUAAGGAGUUGGACCAUCGAUUCCACGAGCCACUCGCACGGGCGAGACUAUUACCUUUCGCUCUCAUGAUGGCCGGAGCUCCCAUGGAGGUCGGUGGUAGGACACCUCUCCCGGCAAUUGAUGAGGCACUGCUCACAGGUCUCGUCGACCGCUGGCGUCCUGAGACACACACUUUCCACUUUCCUUUUGGUGAGAUGGCAGUAACACUGCGGGACGUGGCCAUGCUGACCGGGCUGCCAAUCAGGGGUGCCCCGUUAAUAGUUUCGCGACCCGCAAGGGAGCAGUGGAAGGGUUAUGUUGCAGAUAGGUUUGGUGUGCAAUACGACGGGAAGGAUGCUGGCCUCUCCAUGUCCUGGGUUCAUGGGCUGACACAGUUCGGUCCAUGCCCACUGGAUGCGGACGAGAAUACACUUAUGCAACACUAUGAGGUGUACUUAUACGUCCUGCUCGGAGGCAUCAUGUUCUGCAACACGGCAGGCGAUUAUGUCGUCCCACAUAUUGUAUGGUUAGCAGCCCACCUCGCGUCACAUCCUUAUGAGCCUACAUCUUACAGUUGGGGAUUUGCAGUGUUGGUUGCAACCUACAGAGGAUUGUGUGAUGCAACCCAGCGAACAAAGAGGAAGGCAACCAUUACAGGGUGCUUACAUCUCUUACAGUUAUGGAGUUGGGAGUACCUCCCGAUUUCCAGACCUUGGGUGUUCAAGUGCUACUACCCAGUGGAGCUUAAAGGGGGGCGGAGGCACGCAGGACUGGGCAUCCAAGAAUGCUGA